CGGCAGUAUGGAAAUGAGCAUCCUGCCAUUGGUUUAGAUUUGCCCAAUCACCGCCUUCAGAUGUUGUCUCCGCCUUGAGCCCGCCUUCCCUCCGCUGCCCAGCCCAGCUACUGUGAAUGAUACAUAAGAGCUCAACAUUUCACAGAUUCUCAGUCCUAAAAAAAAGGAAGAAAAGAAAACAACAGCCAUGGCUGAAAGACCCGUACUGUAUUAUUUCAAUGGGAGAGGGAAGAUGGAGUCAAUCCGCUGGCUUUUAACAGUUGCAGAAGUGGACUUUGAUGAAGUUCUUCUGGUAACUCGGGAGCAGUAUGUGAAACUGCUGAAUGAUGGCGCACUCAUGUUUCAACAGGUGCCUUUGGUGGAAAUCGAUGGCAUGAAGCUCAUUCAGACCAAAGCGAUCCUGAAUUAUAUCGCUGAGAAGUACAAUCUGCAUGGAAAGGAUCCCAAAGACAAAGUCAUGAUCAACAUGUACUCGGAGGGACUGAUGGACCUCAUGGAAAUGAUCAUCAUGCUCCCGUUCUCCCCAGACCCCAAACCAAAACUGGACAACAUUCAAAGCAAAGCAAAGGAGCGCUACCUUCCUGUGUAUGAAAAGGCUCUGACUGGACCCGUGUACCUGGUGGGAGGUAAACUAAGCCUUGCAGACGUGCUGCUAAUUGAAUGCACCCUGAUGCUGGAGGAGAAAUUUCCUGCAAUCCUCAAAGACUUUUCCAACAUCAAGUCUUUCCAGGGCAGGAUGAUCCAAAUCCCUGCUAUCAACAGGUUUCUGCAGCCGGGCAGUAAGAGGAAACCACAGCCAGAUGAAAAAUAUUUGAAAAAUGUCAUGGAAGUCUUGCAAUUCAAGUUACCACUUUAAGAAACUCUACAAAAGAUCUGCUACAUUUCUCAUUAGGCAGCAAUGACCGUGAACAAUUAUAUCUGCAGGCCUACGUGGAGAUAAAUGCUCCACUAACACAACAAAA